AUGGCACUGACCCGGGAGGAACGACCCUCAGAAGAUGCAGAAAACACUUCUCCCUCGCUGUUCCACAGUGUUCUUUCCCAGCAGCCCUGGACAGUUCCCAUGGAGGAAGAUGCUCAGCUGGGGGAGUGGUGUGGGAACUGGAUGGUAGCAGAAACUGAAGUUGUAAAGACAAACCCCUCGCAAAGCCAGAAGCAGAUGCUCUCAGAAACGGGCCUAAGGAAUCUGUUCCCAGAAGAGGCCUGGGGAGCAACUUUUGGGUCUCAGAGGCCAGUCUGGGGGGAGGCAGGCAGUGUGGCCGAAGAAAGGGAUAAAUCUGAUGAGAUGGCAGCCGAGCUAAGCUGUUCUCAUCGGUGCCUGGCCUGUCCACCAGCGGGACUGCAGAGUGGCCACCUGGUGGCUCUGGCGCUGGCCAGCUCAAGCCCAGCUGUGCAGCCCCAGGGAGGCCUCUCUGGCCACCACACCUGCAACCUGCCACAGGGAAGUUCUGAGGAUCUAGUUUCAGAAGCUGGCAUCCACCAUUCCUGGUUCACUUGGGGACCCUGGGAGAGGUGGGUGGAGACCUGGCUUGUCAUCUCACUCCCAGGAUGUCAGCCUUUGUGCCCUCACUGUGUGGAGAGGGUGAGGCUCAGAGAAGGGCAGCCACUUGCCCAAGAUCCACAGCAAGUCCGUGAAGGAAACCAGAAUGGCCAGGAACUCAAGCAUGUUUUGCGCCCACUCCAUCCCAAUGUCAGGCCUGCUUCAGUGCUCAGUCUCCUGGGCCCUGGGCCUGGCCAUGGGGGGUUGGGGGGAUCCUGCCCCACCCAGAAAGCGUCUCCCCACCUUUCCUGUAUCCCUCUGACAACAACCCAAGGCAGGUUCAGUGUCUCCUUCCCUUCCCCACCUGGAAAGGGGGCUGGGAGGAGAGGAGAAACAAGUAAUGAAGGCUACUCUACAUUCUCUGUGUGCCAAGCCCUGGGGACACUGAGGUCCAUCAGGAGUCCCAGCACUGGAGAAAUCUGCAGGAAAGUGACUACAGCAGAAGAGCAGACACAGGGCAGUGACUGCUUCAGAGAUUUCGCAGAAGGGCUGUGGACCCAGAGAUGGUGCCUGCCACAGCGGAGGGUCAGGAAGCUUUCCGGGGAAAGUGACCUGAAGGAUGAGGGCUGCAAGAAGACCCAAGAAACAGUGGUGAUUCUCCAGGUCUGGAGCUCAGGAAGGAGGAGUGGCUGGAGCAGUUAGGUCUUAUCACCUUAGCUAUAGCCAUAACCAUGAAUAAACACACCCAGAGUGGCAAAGCAGGUCUAGUUUAGGGGUGGAGGAAGAGGACCAGCAGAAGACAGUAUGAGAAAAACCAGGACAGGACAGCGUAGCACCGUCAGAUGCAAGGGAAGUUUUGAGAAGAGAGCAGUCAACAUCAGGCAACCCACUGGCCAAUCACAGGCAGUGCCCAAGGUCUGGCUGAAACAGGCAUGUCCACCACUGAUGCCAACAUCUGUUGACUCCCAAGAAGACAGCCAAGGUCGGGGUGGGCCCAGGAGGAGUUUUGGUCUGCCAGUCCCUGGGCAGCGGCCCAGGGUACCGCUGCCACUGGGACCACUAGGGGUGGUAAGCAGUCAAAAAAUUAAGGCAAAUCCUCCCGGCACCA